AUGGCAACAUCUACUCCCCCAAACCCCCCCACCACCACCAGCAACAGCAACAGCAGCACCACCAGCACCGGCAAGAAAACCAUCAACCUCGCCCUCCUCAGUGGCGACGGCCUCCCCAUCUCUGGCCUCCUCACCACCUUCCGCAACGUCCUCGACCUGGACCUACAAGCCCAUACGCCCUCCUCCUCCUCCUGCCCACCGCUCAUCCGCCUCCCCAUCCCCACCGACCUGGGCUACUCCUGGCGACCCGACAAGGCCGCCUUCUUCCCGCGCGGGCCCGCCUCCACCUUCUACCCGGCCUGGCUCGCCGUCACGGCCGCCACGCCCGUCACCGACCCGGGCUACGCCGCCGAGCUCCUGCGGAUCCGCCGGGCGGUGGCCCUGCCGGACUCGCUGCUGAGCGGGCCGCAGAGGGAGGAGCUGCGCGCGAGGAUCGACGCCAUCGCUGCGCCCUACCAGCGGCACCUCGAGCGCUGGUUCGAGGAGAAUGAUAUCGACUGGGUGGUUGCUGUUAAUAUGACCCUCUCGGACGCUGUGCCCGUCACUACCGCUCUCCACCGCGCUGCUGCCCAGCGCUGGGGCCCCGGAUGCGGAAGUGGGAGUGGGAGUGGGAGUGGAACUGAGAGUGGGAGGAGACGCCCAGGCGGCGUCUUGUUCUGGGAUCACGAUCUGCUCAGCAGCUACGCCGUGCACGAGAACAACGAGCGCGUGUACCCGCUCGUACCCAACGAGUUCACGCUGGUCCCGCAGGACGUGCCGUGGCACGUGUGGGCCAUCGUGUCGGAGGUGUUGGAGCCCGAGACGACGCUUUACCCCACCGAAGCGCGGGCGUUGGUGGUGCCGAACGUCCUGCCGAUCCUGGGGGACGGCGAGGUAGCUGUGAAGGCAGACAUUACGUUCCAGAGCUUUUUGGGGGAUUUCGAACUGCUGGAGGGUGUCGGUCAUGGCCGACCGGUUCUGCUCUGUCCGAAUCGGAUUUUCCCCGUUAAGGGUAUUGAGAUCUCGAUUCGGGUGUUGGCUGCUGUCAAGGAGGCUUGUGUGAAGCGAGGCUUGCCAGCGCCGUAUCUGUUGAUUUUUGGCGAUCCGGAGGAGGAUCCUGCGUAUGCUGCAGAGCUGCAGGCUCUGGGGCGGGAAGAGGGGCUGGUUGACGAUAUUCGGUUCCUCGGUGGCGUGCCGUUGUGUUCUGGGUUCAAGGGCUCCAAGGCUAUGCUUGACGAGAAGGACCUUCUGCGGCUUGCGGCUGCCACUCAUGGGGGUGUGGUGUACACUCCGAACACUACAAAUGUAGAGAGCGUGGGCUUGGGUCCUGCUUUGGCCUCUAUCGCGGGCCUACCUUUUGUAGUCUCAAAGUUCAACGCACUUCGGCAGGUGUAUGGUGAUGAUCUGCAAGGGGUGUUUCUGGAUACCAGUGGUCCACAGGGCUUUGAGCUCGCAGCCGAGUCGUUCGUCGAUAUGAUGGAGGCCUCGAAACUUGGAUCUGCGACUCGAGGUCAGCACAUGGACUGGUCAAAGAUGGCGCAGCAAAACAAAACUCUAAUGCUAAAGAAGUUCCCACUCAGGCCGUGGAAGGAUCUCCUGCUCCGUAUGGCGGUUGAUGGAGGUGUGGAUACUCAUCGGAUCUUGGAGGCUCAGGCGGCGCUGGGAAUUCUGGAGAGCAUCGCUCCAAGAGUAUAA